CCCUCUUUAUAUAGCUCAGUUUAAAUAACCACACUUGACAUUGGCGAAAUCUACAAGGAAACGCUAAUAACUGAAAGAAUAGAAUUUAAAAUCUCAGGAUUUUUAACAAGAUCGGAAAAAGAUAAGCUAAAAAAAUUUGCAAAACAUUAAAAAUGCCUUUUCUUGAAGCACCAAGUGUAGAUCUCGGUUCAGCUCCGCGUACACCGAGUGUUGUUAUAUCACCAACACCUUCGGAGGUAUCAAGUGCAAGUUCACCCGAACCUCAAAAUGUCCGAGCGACACCUCUCUUCAGAGCUUUAGCAAUGAGACCACCUGAACCAGAGCAGCCUCCUGGACAAGACGAAUUAGAACGUAGAUUACCGGGAUAUAGGAGAAUUGUUAUUCCACGUGAAUUAACACUCAUUGAACUGUUGAAACAAUGCAGCGGUGUAAACACGGAUGAAGAGGUACUUUCAAUACGUGAAGCUAAAUUGCGGGUAGUAGCGGAGAGGGUGGGCUUACGACGUCUUCACGUGCUUGUUCCACAUUUAAAAUCUCUCAUUCUAGAUGGCAGCGCACUCACCUCGCUACGGGAUCUGGGCAUUGGCUUGGUUCAUCUGAAAAAAUUAAGCGUCAGCCGUUGUGGAUUAACAUCGUUGGACGGUGUGUGGGGUCUGAAUUCCUUACGAGAACUUCACGCGUCUGGGAAUCGUUUGAAGGACUUUCAUCAAUUGGCGGCUCUGCAAAAAUUACAUACAUUAGAUUUAGCUGAUAACUUAAUCGAAGAAUCUAACCGACUAUGGACUUUGGGAGUUUGCAAUGCUUUACGUAAACUAACACUGAGAGGAUCUCCUAUAGCUGAUAUUAUAAAUUACCGUUCUGUAGUCGCGUCUGCUUUACCAAUGCUGAAUGUUCUGGAUGAUAGCCCAUUAAAUACUUAUGAAGAUGAAUAUAUCCCCGAAGAAGGCAGCGAUAGCUCAGAGAGUGAUGUUGAUGCUGAGGCGGCGGCAAGUCAGACACUUUCAGAUGAAAAAGAACAUCAAAUGUCACAAGCUGGACCAUCAACGGAUACAAUUCAGGAUGAGGUGAUAAGGUCCCAAGUGCCGACAAGACGGCGUCCUGCUACAACAGAGUGUGGUGGUCAACGACCGCAGCGACCAGAAAUUAAACGACGACCUCGGACUGCACUCGAAAGGACCAUCGACAGUUGCACCCGCCUGCAGAUUAUGAAUACUCUGAUGGACGACGAGUGGUGUAGCGCUGGUAGUAAGUUGACAUCUUAUAACGCUGUUGGCGGGAACAUCGCUAGAGCAGUACGAGGAGCAGCCAGGAAUAAACUACGAGAUUCCGUGGAGGCUGAACUACAACUGGUAUCACAGAGUAUGGAGGCGGACAGUCGGGCUCUGGCUGCGGAAAUACCACGAGCACCAGAACCCACUCAAUGGGACAGGUUCAGACUUGAGACGGGUAUUGAAAUAGACAUAGAUUUCAACAAGAGACCGAAGGAUGUCGAUCCAUCGAAAGUUCUAGAUAGGAUCGAGAGGAUUGAAAAGGAAACUAUGGAACGACUCGGGAGACCAGAUCAAGCAGAUGUAGCUGGGUAUAGUCCAUUAAUGUCGGAUACUUCUAGAAUAUUUACAGGUAUCAGAGACGAUGAUCUGUGGAAGCAAAUUGAAGACUUGAAGGUGUCUUCAGACCCGCCCACCAACAUCGACGAACUGUUUAAAAAUAUUAUACCGUAAAAUUAACACAGGAUCCUUUUAAUCUCGGAGUUUUUUUUUUUCACCCAGCACAUAAGUAGCGUAUAGGGAAUUUACGAUUUUUUUAAACGUGAUAUAUUUUUUUUCCAAAAAUUUAAUAUUCAAUAAUAAUAAUAAAUAUUAUUCACGUAAUAAUCAUAAUGCAUUGCGUGAAACGAAACGUAUAUAGUGUUAGGAAGUGAUUCUACCAAAUCACCUUAAACUUUCGAAAUUUUAUCGCAAAAAAUGUAUGACGUCAUAUUCAGUUAUGAAACGAAUAGCGGUAAAUCAAUUUGACGUUAGUUACAAAAAUUACGAAUAAACGUACUUUGAAAUCGUCCUAUCACACUGGAAAUCAUAUAUUGUUAUCAUAUAUAUGUAUGUACAUACGUAUUUUUUUUUAAAUAUUUGAAUUUAAAAUUAAUUGUAAAUAUAAUAACUAUAAUCAAGUUUGACAAUCAUGAUAGACGGUUGCGUCAUAUUCUAUUGAUAUAUUUUUAUCGUACAUGUCUUACUCAUCAGGUAUGUACCUUCUACAUAUAUCUGUUUUUUAUAAAUAAAUUAUACCUACAUAUUUGAAUGAAACUAUUAGAUCUUAUCGUUUAUCAUGUUGUGUAGUGAAACUGUGUGGAAUAAACUAUUUCUAGAAAUAAAGAUUUAUAUAAAUCAUAGAAGAGGACUUUUGUAAAAAUAAAAUAUAAUAACUGGAUUUCUGAUUGACAGAAAACUUACAAUUAAAUUGCAUACUAUUUUUCUUACGUCAUAAACAUGUUUUUCUGUGUUUUCUAAACAAUUGUCAUCAGUGACCUUAGCAUGAAUUUACAUCAUCAAAAUAGAUUUUUUUACUUUUCGAGGAGCAUAAACAUUUUUAUGAAAAAUGUUUAAAUUGUUGGAAGAAGUAAACUAGGGUUAAAUUUUCUACUAGACAUAUCGAGUGCUAAUAAAGAGUAAAGACAAAUAUUUAAAUUUUAUUGCUGUCACUAUUUGGCUAUGUGAAGCGUUUAGAAAUUUAUAUAAAUUUUAAUUUAAUAAAAAAAAGAAUACAAAAAUAUUAAUCGUAAUUUAAUUUUGUUUUGAAGUUUUGUAGGGAAUUAGAAAAUUUAAUUUACGUUAUGAAAAACAAUUAUGUUCUUUUAAAAACUUUAUCAUAAUACUAAAGUAGGUAUUAUAAAGCUUUAUAUUAUUUUGAAUUUUUAAUAAACUAUAAUCUAUUA